ACUUGGAGCCUGCUGGCUGGGAACAGGGGCUGGGGUGCCUGCAGCCUCCACUGGCACACCCCGUCCCCACCUGGAGUUGCAAAGUGAAAGGGGAGCAUCAGGUCUCUCUCCCAGGCUGGGCAGGCGAGGGGCAGGCGAGGGGGAGCCUGGGGCCCCUGAAGCCCGUGGAGGCGGAGCUGGGGCAGGAUGCAGAGGGAGCGGGGAGAAGAACAGGAGUGUGUGUGUGUGUGUGUGCGUGAGUGUGCGAGAGAGGAGCCCGGUGUGUCACUGUCGCCGGAGGGGAGAUGAGUCUGACUCAGUGGGAACAUCCGGCAGGAAGGAAAGAGAGCCGAGCUGGCAUGUGCGAGGGAGCAGGAUGGGGUGUGGGGCCCAGGUGGGGGAGAGGGAGGGGGAGCUGCAGGGGAGCAGAGGCUGGAGCGCUGGCGCCUGGGGCCCGGGGUCAUGGAAACAGCCCUGGUCAAUCAGGGAUGCAGGGGCUUCGGACACAGGCCUCGGGGCCUUGCCAUGCUUGAAACAGAACCAGGUCCCCCCCUCCCCGCACCCCAGGCCUCAGGGCCUCGAGGACCCCUGAGGGAACUGCCAGGCUCAGGGGUGUGAGCGAGGGCUUUCCAAGGGAGCCCGUGGGAGGAAGGCUGCCAGCAGCACUGGGCCGGGGUGGGGACGGAGCUGGAGUCGGGCCUAGCUCACCACCGUGAGGCGCUGGACACCAGGAGUGCUGAGAGGACCAGAGGAGUGAGUGACUGACAGUGUUGUCCCGGGUGUGCGGGGGCCUGGGGCUGUGACUUGACCCGUGUCACCUGCACCAGUGCUGAUGGGGCAGCCAGUGGGAGAGGGAGGCACCCUGGAGGUACCUGCCAAGCCGGCUCUUCUGCAGGCCUUUUGCUACUCAAGGGAGAGACCCGGCCAUGUGGCUGCCCAUCGUGUCUGCGGGCAGCCCCAGGCCUGGGGCACACGGCCUCAGGGGAAGGCUGGGUCUUGGCGGCCAGGCCUCCUGGGUGGGCUUGACCACCAGGGGGACGACCCUGUCGUCCUGUCUGGGCCGCUGGGGCAGGGCAGGGCCAGCUGCUGCCGGCUCCCUGGUCCUCCCCCUGUGCGAGUGGAAGGGUGGGGGUGGAGGCCGCGGCGUUCCUGGCUGGGAGCCCAGAGGAGUCUUUUGUAAUCACAACAUGAUCUCGUGUGCUGAGCAGUGGAGCCGGCAGGGAGAGGCGGGCAGAGGCCCGGCUCCGGCGGCUCCGGCUUCCCUCCUGCUCCGGCUCCCCCAGGGUCUGCUCUGGAAUCCUCUCGGUGCCCGCUGGUGCCAUGCACUCGGCUGCCGGAGGAGAAGGAUGCUGAGCUGGACCGGAGGAUAGUUGCCCUGCGCAAGAAGAACCAGGCCUUACUGCGCAGGUACCAGUGUCUCCCUGUGUAGGCCUGUCCGCGUCUGUGUCUCUGUGCGUCUGGGGGCUGUGGCCUGUGCUGAUCCCAGGCCCUCCCCUAGGAGAUCCAGGAAGACCGUCGGCAGGCCGAGCAGGGGGGCAUGGCUGUGACCACGCCGGGGCUCCUCCAGCCCAACAGCCUCACUGUCACCAUCAGCCAGGUUCCUGGUGAGAAGCGGGUGGUCAGCAGGAACUGGGCAAGGAGCCCCCUCGGACCCGAUGCCGCCGGCGAGAUGCUGGAGGACGAGGACGUGGGGGGCUGCGUGGGCGCCUUCUUCUUGGGGGAGCGCGUGGACCUGGCCGUGACCAUGGAAAACAGGGCCAAGGCCAAACGGAUCGUAAGUGAAAAGCCCACCAGAGCAAGGGCCCCCGGGGCAGACGGGUCACCUGGAGGGGGCGGAGGCCAAAGCCCCCCGACACAGUUGGCCGUCGGCUCGAACUCUGCGCAGAAGGCUGCAGGGGAAGCCCGGGUCCCAGCCCCUCCACGGCCACUCAGGGCGCCCCCAGAGGUGGGCUGGGACUACGCUCAGUGGAAGCAGGAGCGCGAGCAGGUGGACCAGGCCCGCGUGGCCCGGCACAGAGAUGCACAGGGUGACUGGCGCCGCCCGUGGGACAUGGACAAGGCCAAGCCCACGCUACAGGAUGGCGGCAAGCCUAGGGAAGAGGGCCCGGUGAGGGCGGGCGGCAGACGGGGUCCUAGGAGCCACCGGAAGCUACAGCCCCCGCCAUUGUCCCCGGAUGGCAAAGGUCGGGGUGGGCAGCCCAGCAGACCCUCAGCGGCACCAGCCACAGGCAGCAAAGCCCGGGGCAAGGAGAGGCUGACCGGCAGGGCCCGAAGGUGGGAUACGAAGGAAGACACGGCUGAGGACCUGGAAAGCCAGGAGGCAGGCCAGAGCACCAGGACGGCUGUCAGUGCAGAGGAACAGGCCGACAAGCAGAGCGGGGCGCAGCCGGGCAGGCUGGGAAGGACUCCAGCAACCAGCCCAGCGCCAGCACCCCCGGAGCGGCCAGAAGAGAAGUCAGGAGCUUCCACAAGCAGCCCCGCCCCCGGCUCACCACAACAGACUGACUUGGUUCCCCUGGACCUCUCCCUAGGAGGGGCCGGCAGCCCUGGGCCUGGGGAGAGCUCGUGUGUUCUCAGCCCCGGGCCCGGGGCCCAGGAGAACCCUGCCUCCCGGCCCAGUGGCUCCCGGCAGCCUCCGGGGUGCAGCGACCCCGAGGCUGAGCUGGAGGGCCGGAUGUGCUCUGAGCUGCAGAAAGGAACAGGCCCCCUAGAGCCCAGAGAGGGCAGGUCUGGCAGGGCUGGGGCGCAGCAGGCCCUGGCCCCAAGAGGCAGGCCUCCCAGAGGAAGUGGGCAGAGGGGGAGGGGCACAGGGGGAAGGGGCAGGAGAGGGGGAGCUGGCCCUGCAGGACGGUGCUGAGCAGAGCUCCUGGGAGCUGGGGGCUGCUUUAGGGAGAGGAGGAGGGAAGGACUCAGUGCCCAGUCUUCUGUGUGGCUCGUGCCCGUCCGGCUGAGCAGUGUGGUCAGCUUGCCAGCAGACUGAUCCUGUGAGGGCAAGGGGCUGCCUUGGGCCCUGUACCUCGUGGGCCCGUGUGUUUUCCUGUGCAAGCACAAGCAUGCUGGCCAUUGGUGUCCCACGCCCGUAAGCCCUGCUCUGAUGCCCAGGCCAUGAGCCAUCUCCACCCUGACAGCCAGGCCCUCCUGGUCCUGUUAUGCCCCAAGACCUGGCCUCCCUCACCAGCAGAUGCCCUCAGCUCCCGGCAGCCGCAAGCCCCCUUGGCCACCCAAGCCAGCACCUUUCUCACCCUCCUGUCUCGCGGCCAGGUGAUGAGUGGUCCCAGGCUCACAGGAUGGCUGAGCUGGCAGAACCUCGGCCGUCACCUGCUUCUUCCAAAGAGGAGGCCGAGGCCUGGAGAAAGGACACAGCUGGCACUGCCCGGGCUGGGAGCAGAGAAGCAGAAUCGGGCUUCCCUAUGAAAAGGAGGGUCCCUGGAGUGGCUCCCCUGGCAUGGGGUGGACUGGGCGGUGGGGAGCACUCACGGCUGGCGCUGAGGCAUCACGUGCACCCUGGGCAGAGGCCAGGGCCUGCUCCUGCGGCCCAGGGUCAUUUCCUGCCCUCUCCUACUUCCUCUUCCCCACCCCCACCCCCACCAGGGCCUUGCAAGGCAAGGGCCCAGAGAAACAGAGAAGCUCAGUAGAUAAACAAUGACUCCAACUAAGGGCGGCGACAUCAGAACUUGUCUUUCCCACUUAGUCUCCAUUCCCGCCCCUCCCCUGAGGCCCACGGAAUUAUCCAGACUCCGCACAAGCUGUGGCUUCCUCUCAAUUCAACAAACAUUUCCUGAGCACCCACGACCAGUACCGCAGCCGGUGGGCGACGGUGACUUAGCCAGCAGGGGGAGGGAAGGGACCCAGUCAUCCAGCAGGUCCAGGCUACACAGCAGGGGCCGCUCUUGGCCUGAGGUGCGUGACAGGGCUGGGGGCAGGAGUGCUGUGGGAGCCCAGAGGGAACCAGCCCGGCCUCUGCUCCCACGCCCUUGCCUGGAGCUCACCACGUGGUCCCUUCUGCUCCCCUCCUCCCUGGCCCUGCCAUGCUGGUUUCUCUGCUGAGGGUCAUGGGCCUCUGAGGCCCCCAGGAGGGUCUGGACCCUGGCCACAGUUCGAUGGGAGGCCAGUGGGGUCCCAGCUCAGGCGGCUUCGCUGGCUGGCAGCUCCAUCCCCCCACCCUUCGAUGUGGCCGCAUGGGGAGUGGGUACCUCCCAGCAGCUGAGACUGCUGUCCUCACACCGGCAUGCCAAGGAUGAUGCCGGCUCUAAUUCAGCCUGGGGAGGGCUGGGAGCCAGCGCUGCUGUAGGCACAGGUAGGCCCACGCUGCUGGGCUGGGCCACACUAUGCGAGUGGUAAGGGCCGAGACUAGGACACAAGGAGGGCUGGGGACAGAGGCAGACUCUAGGCCCUGGCUGGCUGCAGGGCUGGGGGAAGACGCUGCAGAGGGCAGGAAUGGGGUGGGGUGAAGAGGGCAGAAGAGGGCAGUGUGGGGCUGAUCACAGGCAUUCUGGAAAAGCCUGGCCAGGCUGGAGACUCCACGCUCAAGUUUUCCUCUUGCCUUCCAGUCACAAGGACAAGGCUUUGGAAUGUGGCACAGGCCCUGGGCCCCAUGGCGGGCAAAGGACAGGGCUGGGUUAGAGCAAAGGAUGGGGUUAGGUUCGGGCAGAGACCUUAAAUUCAAGAUUCACAGUCUGCUCCCAAACCCCGGAGCUGCAACUCACAGGUGUGCCUGCACACAGGGUAGCCGCCAGGACGUGUGAGCAUGGGAGGGGGACGGAGAAGUGGGACAAGGCCCGGGUUCAGCCCUCACACAGGGACCAGGGCAGAAGAGAGUCAGGGAGAAGGGCUAUGGGGAAAUAGGGCUGGAAGGAUGUUAGGAGGAGGGGUGUUGGGGGAGCAACGAGAUUGGAGAGUGGAGACCGGUGCAGGCUGCUUUCACAGGAAGACUGUACUGUGGGCAGGUGGCACUGAGCUGUCCUCAAGAGGGCAGUGGCUGUGGUGGCAGCCCUCGGCUACCCAACCUGACUGUGGCUCCAGGAUGGAACAGGAGGCAGGUGUCACUAGAUACGGCCCCCGCCGACCUCAGGGCCAUGUAGAGCUGGUUCUAUCUCCUCUUGGCUCCUGUGUUCAAAGGUCAGGCUGGAAGCCUUCUACUUGGUUGGAAAGGAGGAAGGCAUCCAGGACAAAUCUAUUUUCAAAUGUGGGAGGGCUUCACAUGGCCAUCAGGAACCAAGGCACGGGGCUGGAGGGCGGAAGAGGCGGAGGCACCUGUGUCCCAGGCCCACCUCACCUUGGCAGAAGGAGCAGUGGAGCAGGGUUGCAAGAAAGGCACGUGUUGGACGACAGGGUGGAACGGGCACAGGCCAGGAUCCCCCGGUCCAGGCAGCUGGGUGGCCGUGCUCGACUUUAACCUCUAAAAGCCUUGGUCCCCUUGUCUGCAAAGUGGGGCUGUAAUUCCCACCCUGAAGGGCUGUUGAGAAAACAAGGACAAGAGUAUGCAAAAUGCACCCGGCCCGCAGUAGACACUGUCACUGGUAGCCUGCCGUUCGAAAGGCUCUCGGUGAAUACUCGUUGAAUAAAUGAAGUAGCUAUUUGGUGUGA